AUGACAUUGAGGCUGGGCCUCAAUGGGACCUGGUCAGUAAAACACACCAAGAGGCUGGGCCUCAAUGGGACCUGGUCAGUACAACACACCAAGAGGCUGGGCACCAAUGGGACCUGGUCAGUACAACACACCAAGAGUCUGGGCCUCAAUGGGAUCUGGUCAGUACAACACACCAAGAGGCUGGGCCUCAAUGGGACCUGGUCAGUACAACACACCAAGAGGCUGGGUCUCAAUGGGACCUGGUCAGUAAAACACACCAAGAGGCUGGGCCUCAAUGGGAUCUGGUCAGUACAACACACCAAGAGGCUGGGCCUCAAUGGGACCUGGUCAGUACAACACACCAAGAGGCUGGGCCUCAAUGGGACCUGGUCAGUACAACACACCAAGAGGCUGGGCCUCAAUGGGAUCUGGUCAGUACAACACACCAAGAGGCUGGGCCUCAAUGGGACCUGGUCAGUAAAACACACCAAGAGGCUGGGCCUCAAUGGGAGCUGGUCAGUACAACACACCAAGAGGCUGUUCCUCAAUGGGAGCUGCAAGAGACUGGGUCCCAAUGGGACCUGGUCAGUACAACACAGCAAGAGACUGGGUCCCAAUGGGACCUGGUCAGUACAACACAGCAAGAGGCUGGGUCCCAAUGGGACCUGGUCAGUACAACACACCAAGAGGCUGGGCACCAAUGGGACCUGGUCAGUAAAACACACCAAGAGGCUGGGCACCAAUGGGACCUGGUCAGUACAACACAGCAAGAGGCUGGGUCCCAAUGGGACCUGGUCAGUACAACACACCAAGAGGCUGGGCACCAAUGGGACCUGGUCAGUACAACACAGCAAGAGACUGGGUCCCAAUGGGACCUGGUCAGUACAACACAGCAAGAGGCUGGGCACCAAUGGGACCUGGUCAGUACAACACAGCAAGAGGCUGGGCACCAAUGGGACCUGGUCAGUACAACACAGCAAGAGGCUGGGUCCCAAUGGGACCUGGUCAGUAAAACACAGCAAGAGGCUGGGCACCAAUGGGACCUGGUCAGUACAACACAGCAAGAGGCUGGGUCCCAAUGGGACCUGGUCAGUACAACACACCAAGAGGCUGGGCACCAAUGGGACCUGGUCAGUAAAACACACCAAGAGGCUGGGUCCCAAUGGGACCUGGUCAGUACAACACAGCAAGAGGCUGGGCACCAAUGGGACCUGGUCAGUACAACACAGCAAGAGGCUGGGCACCAAUGGGACCUGGUCAGUAAAACACACCAAGAGGCUGGGUCCCAAUGGGACCUGGUCAGUACAACACAGCAAGAGGCUGGGCACCAAUGGGACCUGGUCAGUACAACACAGCAAGAGGCUGGGCACCAAUGGGACCUGGUCAGUAAAACACACCAAGAGGCUGGGUCCCAAUGGGACCUGGUCAGUAAAACACACCAAGAGGCUGGGCCUCAAUGGGACCUGGUCAGUACAACACACCAAGAGGCUGGGCACCAAUGGGACCUGGUCAGUACAACACACCAAGAGGCUGGGCACCAAUGGGACCUGGUCAGUACAACACACCAAGAGGCUGGGCACCAAUGGGACCUGGUCAGUACAACACAGCAAGAGGCUGGGCCUCAAUGGGACCUGGUCAGUACAACACACCAAGAGGCUGGGCACCAAUGGGACCUGGUCAGUACAACACACCAAGAGGCUGGCGGGGUUUUUUUUUGUUAAGAAGAAGGACGGUACUCUGCGCCCCUGCGUGGAUUAUCGAGGGCUAAAUGACAUAACGGUUAAGAAUCGUUAUCCGCUUCCCCUUUUGUCGUCAGCCUUCGAGAUUCUGCAGGGAGCCAGGUUCUUUACUAAGUUGGACCUUCGUAACGCUUACCAUCUCGUGCGCAUCAGAGAGGGGGACGAGUGGAAAACGGCGUUUAACACUCCGUUAGGGCAUUUUGAAUACCGGGUUCUGCCGUUCGGUCUCGCUAAUGCUCCAGCUGUCUUUCAGGCAUUAGUUAAUGAUGUACUGAGAGACAUGCUGAACAUCUUUGUUUUCGUUUACCUUGACGAUAUCCUGAUUUUUUCACCGUCACUCGAGAUUCAUGUUCAGCACGUUCGACGUGUACUCCAGCGCCUUUUAGAGAAUUGUCUCUACGUGAAGGCUGAGAAGUGCGCCUUUCAUGUCUCCUCAGUCACAUUUCUCGGUUCCGUUAUUUCCGCUGAAGGCAUUCAGAUGGAUCCCGCUAAGGUCCAGGCUGUCAGCGAUUGGCCCGUUCCUAAGUCACGUGUCGAGUUGCAGCGCUUUCUCGGUUUCGCUAAUUUCUAUCGGCGUUUCAUUCGUAAUUUCGGUCAAGUGGCUGCCCCUCUCACAGCUCUGACUUCUGUCAAGACUUGCUUUAAGUGGUCCGGUUCCGCCCAGGGAGCUUUUGAUCUCCUCAAGAAGCGUUUUACUUCCGCUCCUAUCCUUGUUACUCCUGACGUCACUAAACAAUUCAUUGUCGAGGUUGACGCUUCAGAGGUGGGCGUGGGAGCCAUUCUGUCCCAGCGCUUCCAGUCUGACGAUAAGGUCCAUCCUUGCGCUUACUUUUCUCAUCGCCUGUCGCCAUCGGAACGCAACUAUGAUGUGGGUAACCGCGAACUGCUCGCCAUCCGCUUAGCCAUAGGCGAAUGGCGACAGUGGUUGGAGGGAGCGACCGUCCCUUUUGUCGUUUGGACUGACCAUAAGAACCUUGAGUACAUCCGUUCUGCCAAACGACUUAAUGCACGUCAAGCUCGUUGGGCGUUGUUUUUCGCUCGUUUCGAGUUCGUGAUUUCCUAUCGCCCGGGAAAUAAGAACACCAAGCCUGAUGCCUUAUCCCGUCUCUUUAGUUCUUCUGUGGCUUCUACCGACCCCGAGGGGAUUCUCCCUGAAGGGCGUGUUGUCGGGUUGACUGUCUGGGGAAUUGAGAGACAGGUAAAGCAAGCACUCACUCACACUGCGUCGCCGCGCGCUUGUCCUAGUAACCUUCUGUUCGUUCCUGUCUCUACUCGUCUGGCUGUUCUUCAGUGGGCUCACUCUGCCAAGUUAGCUGGCCACCCCGGCGUUCGGGGUACGCUUGCUUCUAAGGACGGUACUCUGCGCCCCUGCGUGGAUUAUCGAGGGCUGAAUGACAUAACGGUUAAGAAUCGUUAUCCGCUUCCCCUUAUGUCGUCAGCCUUCGAGAUUCUGCAGGGAGCCAGGUUCUUUACUAAGUUGGACCUUCGUAACGCUUACCAUCUCGUGCGCAUCAGAGAGGGGGACGAGUGGAAAACGGCGUUUAACACUCCGUUAGGGCAUUUUGAAUACCGGGUUCUGCCGUUCGGUCUCGCUAAUGCUCCAGCUGUCUUUCAGGCAUUAGUUAAUGAUGUACUGAGAGACAUGCUGAACAUCUUUGUUUUCGUUUACCUUGACGAUAUCCUGAUUUUUUCACCGUCACUCGAGAUUCAUGUUCAGCACGUUCGACGUGUACUCCAGCGCCUUUUAGAGAAUUGUCUCUACGUGAAGGCUGAGAAGUGCGCCUUUCAUGUCUCCUCAGUCACAUUUCUCGGUUCCGUUAUUUCCGCUGAAGGCAUUCAGAUGGAUCCCGCUAAGGUCCAGGCUGUCAGCGAUUGGCCCGUUCCUAAGUCACGUGUCGAGUUGCAGCGCUUUCUCGGUUUCGCUCAUUUCUAUCGGCGUUUCAUUCGUAAUUUCGGUCAAGUGGCUGCCCCUCUCACAGCUCUGACUUCUGUCAAGACUUGCUUUAAGUGGUCCGGUUCCGCCCAGGGAGCUUUUGAUCUCCUCAAGAAGCGUUUUACAUCCGCCCCUAUCCUUGUUACUCCUGACGUCACUAAACAAUUCAUUGUCGAGGUUGACGCUUCAGAGGUGGGCGUGGGAGCCAUUCUGUCCCAGCGCUUCCAGUCUGACGAUAAGGUCCAUCCUUGCGCUUACUUUUCUCAUCGCCUGUCGCCAUCGGAACGCAACUAUGAUGUGGGUAACCGCGAACUGCUCGCCAUCCGCUUAGCCAUAGGCGAAUGGCGACAGUGGUUGGAGGGGGCGACCGUCCCUUUUGUCGUUUGGACUGACCAUAAGAACCUUGAGUACAUCCGUUCUGCCAAACGACUUAAUGCACGUCAAGCUCGUUGGGCGUUGUUUUUCCGCUCGUUUCGAGUUCGUGAUUUCCUAUCGCCCGGGAAAUAAGAACACCAAGCCUGAUGCCUUAUCCCGUCUCUUUAGUUCUUCUGUGGCUUCUACCGACCCCGAGGGGAUUCUCCCUGAAGGGCGUGUUGUCGGGUUGACUGUCUGGGGAAUUGAGAGACAGGUAAAGCAAGCACUCACUCACACUGCGUCGCCGCGCGCUUGUCCUAGUAACCUUCUGUUCGUUCCUGUCUCUACUCGUCUGGCUGUUCUUCAGUGGGCUCACUCUGCCAAGUUAGCUGGCCACCCCGGCGUUCGGGGUACGCUUGCUUCUAUUCGCCAGCGGUUUUGGUGGCCUACUCAGGAGCGGGACACGCGCCGUUUCGUGGCUGCUUGUUCGGACUGCGCGCAGACUAAGUCAGGUAACUCUCCUCCUGCCGGUCGUCUCAGACCGCUUCCCAUUCCUUCUCGACCAUGGUCUCACAUCGCCUUAGACUUUAUUACCGGUCUGCCUUCGUCUGCGGGGAAGACUGUGAUUCUUACGGUUAUCGAUAGGUUCUCUAAGGCGGCACAUUUCAUUCCCCUCGCUAAGCUUCCUUCCGCUAAGGAGACGGCACAAAUCAUCAUUGAGAAUGUGUUCAGAAUUCAUGGUCUCCCGUUAGACGCCGUUUCAGACAGAGGCCCGCAAUUCACGUCACAGUUUUGGAGGGAGUUCUGUCGUUUGAUUGGUGCUUCCGUCAGUCUCUCUUCCGGGUUUCAUCCCCAGUCUAACGGUCAAGCAGAAAGGGCCAAUCAGUCGAUUGGUCGCAUAUUACGCAGCCUUUCGUUUCGAAACCCUGCGUCUUGGGCAGAACAGCUCC